GAUACUGUUACGUAACGUCAGUUGAGCGACGGCUGCGCUGAGGGAAGCACGUCCCGCGCUCGUUUUGUCGGAAAACAUAAACAACAACAACGUGUUUACUGACGUAAAUAACCCGUGGAACUUCGUUCUUGGACUUUGGUGCAGUUCCAGUUUUGAAGGUUACAACCAUGGCUGCUCGACCAGCAGCACCCGUCACUCGCACCAAGAAACAGAAUCAUGCCAACAUCCCAUGUCCCAUAGAGAACUGCGCAAGAUUCACCUACGGCAAACUACCAGACCAUCUCACGAAGAUCCACGGCCUCACGGGAGCUGAAAGAGACGCCCUCAAUGAACAACAGCGAAAACGAUUCUUCAAUGGCGAACUCUGCCAAGUACGAUACCUCAAAGAAUCAGCUAUUAGAGAUCUUUGGGGAACAGACUACGAAGAUCCUCGGAUUCGUGCGAAAAUUCACCAAAGUUACAAUCUAGUCAAAAUACGAAUCAUACCUCUUGCAGCUACGCAAAGGUCUCGACCACUGACUGAACAAGAUGCCAAUGUUCUAACUGCCUACAACGCUAGGACGGCGCCAAGGCCCGCUCGAGUACAAAAAACAAGAACUCGACCACGGCCUUAUCCAGCUCCGGAGGCCAGUCCAGUAGAACGGCGAGCGUCCAGCGAGUCCAGUGAAGAAGAGAAUACGCAGAAUCCUCUUCCACCGUCCCCACCUCCAUCAUCCCCAUCUCUUCCGCCAUCACCAGCUCCGUAUGAGCUACAACAAGUAGAAACUCGUUUACGAGACAUAUUCGAUUCGAAGAUUGAUGCUGGAUACAAAGCUGUAAUCGAUGACAUGAAGAAGUCAAUGACAAUGGGAAGGACGCUGGGAGCACGGAAGCGCAAAGCAUACAGAACAUACAGGCGCUACGCAAAGAGAUUGAUUGCUUUCCUUCAUCGGCAACAUUCGCCGCUCGCGUAUGACGUAGAUGUUCUUCUUUGUGGUGAGAGCCAAGUAUGCGCCUUCCUAGAACGUAUCAGUGCUGAGCACAAAACGAAAACUUUGAGGAAUUACAUCGUGGCUGCUAUCAAGCUGCUGGACUCUCGGCUCUUUGCGAUAGAAACUGACCCUUCGUGCAAAGAGAAGGUGGCCUCAAUGACCCGUGUAUAUGACGUGCUACAUGGCCGUUUGACGGAAUGCGACAGACUGCUAGCCCAGAAAGAAGCCUGCCAGAAGAAACCGUCGCCAUCUUUCGAAAGUGUUAUGGAACAAAGUUUCAAUGUUUCGUACGAUGAGCUAGUGUAAUAAGUGAAUAGUUUGUACUGACAUUUUUCUAAUUAUACUGAUCCCUGCUCAUAUUUCGUCCCCGCUUUUAGUAGGCUGCGAGAUUUAUUGAUAUCAUUUAAUAUUGCUAUGAAAAAAUAUUAUAGAUACAUGUAUUAUUUUAGAAUGGGCACGGAACCAAUGAAGCACUCAGUCGUGAAAAUUUUUACCAGAUUAAUAAUUAGCCUUGAUUAAUAUAAAGACAAAUAUAAACUUGCCACAGGAUAUUUCUAUCUUUUAAAAGUGUAUAAAUUCAAUGCAACUUUGCAACUUUUAUUAAAUUACUAAGUUUAAAAACCCUUGUAAAUACUUGUAAUAAUCUACGUGUGUCAAGCAAUAAGCUUAUAACAUGAAUAGCAAAAUAAUAAUAAUUAAUUAAUAUUAUUAUAUUAUUAUCUGUGUUAAAUAAUGAAAGUAAUACUUUCACUAGUGCGCAAUAAUUAUGCCAAAUAUUAGAAUUAUUAUAAUUGUAGUAUUUUAGAUUUUACCCAGCAUUCUAUUAUUACGGUAAUUUACGAGUAUUUCGGUAAUUUACUAUUAAUUUUAAGACUUUGAAGUAUUCUCAUGUAAUGGAUGGAUCUCAUUAGUAUUAUUUUUCGUGUAAAUGUAAAACAUGUACGUAAUUUUAAUUUGUUUACUGUGUAAAUAU